AGCCUACACUUGCGACCAAAAAAUCAAAUCAGAGCGGUCCGUGCGUGGACUUGAACGUGGGGCAAUCGCGGCGAGCUCAAGAAUUAGGGAGAAGUCGUAUGCCACAUUGUAUCCUUUUUUCCACCGCAGACGCGCAACACAAGGCAACUCAUCCAAGAACCAUUUUUUCUUCUCUCUCUACCUCGUCCGUACGGAUCUCUAGGAAAAAAUAUUUCGAAAAAAGAUGGUGCUUUCUCAGAGGAUUCACGAAGCAUUCAAAGGAACAGUGGAGAGAAUCACAGGGCAUCGAACCGUCUCUGCUUUUAAAGAGAAAGGAGUUUUGAGCGUCUCCGAGUUCAUCCUCGCUGGCGAUAAUCUCGUCUCCAAAUGCCCUACCUGGUCUUGGGAAUCAGGGGAGCCAAGCAAGAGGAAGUCCUAUUUACCGCCUGAAAAGCAAUACUUGAUUACUAGAAAUGUGCCUUGUCUAAGGAGGGCCGCAUCGGUGGAAGAAGAAUAUGAAGCUGCUGGAGGAGAGGUUCUUCUUGAUAAUGAAGACAAUGAUGGUUGGUUGGCAACUCAUGGGAAACCUAAAGAUAGAAGUGAUGUGGAGGAAAACUUGCCCUCAAUGGAGACUUUAGAAAUCAGGCACAAUGAGACUGUAAGAUCAAUACCUUCUUAUUUUGGUGGUGAAGAUGAAGAAGAUAUACCCGAUAUGGCUGAUUUUGAAGAAGCUGACAAUGUUAUUGAGACUGAUGCUGCAACUCUACAGUCAACGUACCUUGUUGCUCAAGAGCCUGAUGAUGACAAUAUUUUAAGGACCCGAACUUAUGAUGUCAGCAUCACGUAUGACAAAUACUAUCAAACUCCUCGUGUGUGGCUUACUGGGUAUGACGAGUCGAGGAUGCUUUUACAACCAGAGCUAGUGCUGGAGGAUGUUAGUCAGGACCAUGCACAUAAAACGGUUACUAUUGAGGACCAUCCCCACUUACCUGGGAAGCAUGCAUCUGUACAUCCAUGCAGACAUGGGGCUGUGAUGAAAAAGAUCAUUGAUGUGCUGAUGUCACGUGGAGUAGAACCUGAAGUUGAUAAAUAUCUUUUCUUAUUCUUGAAAUUUGUAGCCUCUGUAAUUCCAACGAUUGAGUAUGACUACACCAUGGACUUUGAUCUUGGCAGCUCCAGCACUUAAUUAAAGCUAUAGAUUGACAAUUUGGAAAGCUGCCUCAUAAUCCGGUAUACCUAUAUGAUGAAGCUUCUGCUUGUAAUGUUUCCGAUGCUUCCUAGUGUACCCAGCGCUUGACUACCACCCUCCCAUGCGUGCACUGCUUGGCCGAAUUACAGAUAAUUCUGAAGCAAUUGCUGUUGCUUCCUAUGUUUGUUCAUAAGUCACAACCUACUCUGGGACUCAGGAUUGGCACACUUGUAAAUACCACCUGUGUUAUAAGACUGUAUUCUGGAACUUUUUCAAUAUUGUUGGUUGGAAUGUUGUCGGUGCCACAAAUAUUAUUUGGUAUAGUAAGUUGAUUGGAUGUGGCAAAAUUUAAUUUGGAA